AUGGGUCAUCGAAUCGUCUCCGGCAGCUGUCACCCGGUGGAGUGGAAAAAUGGCAACUUUGCGGCUCUCUGGUGGCUGUCACCCGACGGAGAGGAGUUGGAUGGAGGUGGGGCGCAUGUCAGAGAGCUUCAUCCUCAGCUCCGCGCAACAAGAGGAGGCUCUUUAUUGCAUCUGGUAUGCUCUCAGGACGCGGAUUCCCAACGACGGCUUGUUCAUUGAUCAAUUGGAGAUGCUUUACUCAAUGGAUUCGCAAUCCUUUUAUCGCAAAUCGUUCAGUAAUUUUAGUAACAAUGUUCUGUGAAUCGCAUUGAUGAGAUUUUCGCUGAUGAUCCAACGAUUUUGGUUGCUUAAUCCUUCACUGACGAUCUGCAAGAAAGUCGUGAUAAUUAGAUAAAAAAAAUAUGAAUUUUGGCUCUGGGAGGAUUCGAACCUACACCAGUUGCCUACCCUUUCUGGGCAAGGUGUGGGGAGUUUAGUCUCAUAUCGCUUGUGUGUCGAAUUUUCUAGUAAAUAUAUAGUAAUAUUAUAUUUGCAAUCAAGUCCCUUUCUCCCGCGUGUACGACCACUCCUUGCCUCACAGCUGGCUGGCCACUAGUGACGUGGAAGGGGAGUGGCGCACACAUGACCCUAUUGGUCCAAGCCGCUCGAGCCCCUACUCAUGGCUACUCCUCUAUUGCGCUUUCGACUUGCUUGCGGGCCCGGCUGGCCGGCGGGUGACGUGACUCAGUCGUUGUAUAGUAAAUCACGCAAAUUUAAAAUUUAUAAAACUAGAAAAUACGAAUUUUUAGAUAUUUAGAAGUAUUUCUGAACAAAUAUAUCAAGUAUAAUUCAAUAAAACUUCCAAAAAUAGCAGUAAUUUUCCAGGUCAAUUAGAGGGAUGUAAUAUAAUAUCUGGUAAUUAUUCACAAUUUUUCUCAAAGAAUACUAUUUUCUAUGAAUUUUAUACUAAGAAAUGAAAAGGAAAUAUAUUUUAAAUUCACGAAAAAGGGAAAUAAGGGUGCGGGCAUCCGGAUGACGUCAGCACCCGGUGAAUGUGAAUCGGGCAAAAACAGAGUUCUGCCCGGCAAUUCUUACGCAAGCGAUUACAGACGAUUUAAUUAAUCAAAUUAAGAUCUGUAAAAGCCGAAAGAAUCGUAAUAAGCUUCAUUCCUCAACUCCUCUAGUUCAUGUAGCUGAAAAAUUCUAUGCCCACCAGCUGAUUUUUCAUCCAUACAUAAAUUUUUUAUAGCCCAUAAUGCUUUAUGCUCUAUUUCUAUAGGAAGAUGACAUGGCUUUCCAAAAAUGAGAUGAAAUGGGGACAUACCUAUGGGAUUUUUAUAAGCUGUUCUAUAAGCCCAUAAUGCAUCUUGUAAUUUCGUGGGCCAAUCUUUCCUAUCUGGUCUAACUAUUUUUCUCAAAAUUCUUUGAAUUUCCCUAUUUGCUACUUCAGCUUGCCCAUUUGUUUGGGGAUGAUAUGGAGUGGCUACUCUAUGGUGUACUCCAUUCUUUUUCAAAAGUUUCCUAAAAUGUUUAUUUGUAAAAUGUGUUCUUCCAUCACUAAUAAUCACUCUAGGACAUUCAAAUCUCGAAAAAAUAUUUUCCUACACAAAUUUCAUCACGAUUUUAUGAUCAUUAGUUCUAGUAGGAAUAGCUUCCACCCACUUUGACACAUAAUCAACAGCAAACAAAAUAUAUUCAUAUUUUUCAGUUGAUGGGAAGGGACCCAUGAAAUCUAUUCCUCAUACAUCAAAAAUUUCGACUACUAACAUGUUACUCAUGGGCAUUUCAUCUUUUUUACUCAUGUUACCUAUAGAUUGACAUGAAAUACAUGUUCUACUAAAUUCUAUAGAAUCUCUAAUGAUUGUAGGCCAAUAAAAACCACACUGAAAAAAAUUUGCAGCUGUUUUUCGUCCAGAGAAAUGUCCUCCACAAUUAGAUGAAUGGCACAUGUUAAUAAUGCUAUGGUAUUCUUCUUCAGGAACACAUCUCCUUAAAAUUUGAUCAUUGCCCAAGUAAUAUAAAUCAGGAUCAUGCCAAAAAUAAUUUAUAAUCUUAGAAAAGAAAUGAUGUUUUCUGUUCUUAUCCCACUGUUCUGGAGUUUUUUCAGAAACCAGAAAAUUAACAAUAUGUGCAUACCAUGGUGAUGGUUGAUGUUGAGCUGCCAUCAAUUGUUCAUCUGGAAAUGCGUCUUGUAAAGGUGCUGCAUUAAUUCUUGUAUCACUUAAUCUAGAAAGAUGGUCAGCAACAACAUUCUCGAAACCUUUUUUAUCUUUUAUUUCUAGGUCAAAUUCUUGCAACAAUAAAAUCCAUCUUAAUAAACGUGGCUUUGCAUCUUUCUUAUUUAACAGAUAUUUUAAUGCUGCAUGAUCAGUAUAAAUAAUAAUUUUAGCUCCCAGAAUAUAUGAUCUAAACCUUUCUAACGAAAAUACUACAGCUAACAACUCUUUUUCAGUCGUGGUAUAAUUUAAUUGAGCAUCGGAUAUAGUUUUACUAGCAUAUGAAAUUACUAUGGGUUUUGACUCUUUUCUUUGUCCUAGAACGGCCCCCACUGCAUAAUUCGAUGCAUCACACAUUAUUUCAAAGGGAAGAGACCAAUCAGGAGCUUGUAAAAUGGGUGCCUCAGUAAGUAAUCUUUUUAUUUCGAAAAAAGACUCAAAACAUUUCUCAUCAAAAUUAAAAGGCACAUCUUUAGAUAAUAGCAUGGUGAGAGGUUUAGAAAUCUUCGAAAAAUCUUGAAUAAAUUUUUUGUAAUAACCUGCAUGACCCAAGAAAGAUCUAAUCUAUUUUACUGAAUUUGGAGGUUUCAUUUUAGAUAUAAUAUCAAUUUUUACUCUAUCCACCUCUAAACCCCUUUUACUCACAAUAUGACCCAACACAACUCCUUCUUUAACCAUAAAAUGUGAUUUCUCCCAACUCAAAACUAAUUUUUUCUCUAUGCAUUUCUCAAGUACAUGCUUUAAAUGAUUUAAGCAUUCAUCAAAUGAUUCUCCAAAAACAAAAAAAUCGUCCAUAAAAAUUUCCAUGCAUUUUCCAAUCAUAUCAGAAAAAAUAGACAGCAUACAUCUUUGAAAUGUGGCUGGAGUAUUACAUAGACCAAAAGGCAUGCGUUUAAAAGCAAAAGUACCAAAUGGACAAGUGAAAGUUGUUUUUUCUUGAUCUAAAGGGUUUAUAUAAAUUUGAUUAUAACUAGAGUAUCCAUCUAGAAAACAAAAAAAGUUUUUUCCAGCUAAUUUUUCUAGAAUUUGAUCAGUAAAUGGUAGGGGAAAAUGAUCUUUUCUAGUAACUAAAUUUAAUUUUCUAUAAUCAAUGCAAACCCUCCAACUGGUAGUUAAUCUUGUUUGUAUUUCAUCCCCAUUUUCGUUUUUUAUAAUCGUGAUCCCUGAUUUUUUUGGCACUACUUGUGUAGGCCUAACCCAUUUGCUAUCUAAAAUAGGAUAAAUAAUAUCAGCAGCUAGCCACUUUAAAAUUUCUUUUUUUACAAUUUUCAUCAUGUUAGGAUUUAAUCUUUGUUGUGGUUCCCUGCUAGUUCUAGCCCCCUCCUCUAGAUAUAUACUAUGCAUGCAUACACUCAUAUCAAUGCCCCUUAGAUUAUCCAUUUUCCAGUCCAUAGCCUUCUUAUUUUUUCGAAGUACAUCUAAUAAUUCUUCUUCCUGUUCAUCACUCAAAUCAGCUGCAAUAAUAACAGGAAAUGAAUUAUUCUCCUCCAAAAACAUAUAUUUUAAACUAGAGGGAAGAGGUUUCAACUCUAAAUUCAGAUGAUCUUCCUCUUUCUUUUCUCCUAAAUUUAUAUUCUCUAUUUCCUCUAAUUCUUCCAGCACACAGUCAUCAAUAACAUCUAGAUCAUCAAAAUCAUCUAGAAGAUCUAUGGUAUGACAAUCAUAUACUUGUGAUUUCUUAAGAUCAUUUGGUACCUCAAAAAUUUUAAUUUCUACUGAUUGAUCUCCACAUGAAAUUUUCACAAUACCUGUGGGAAAAUCAAUAUUCAUCUUUGCUGUAUGCAAAAAUGGUCUCCCUAGGAUGAUUGGUGUAUCAUAAAACUGUCCAUUAAAAUCCAUUUCUAGCACUAUAAAAUCAGCUGGAAAUUUACACCCUUUAACUGUUACUAUCACAUUUUCUAAAAUACCUUUAGGAUGUUUUAUGGAUCUAUCAGCAAAUUGUAAGGUAACAAUAGAAGGUUUAAGAUCAGAAAUAUUAAAUUUAUCACAAAUACUUGCAGGUAAUAAAUUAAUACUAGCACCGGUGUCAAGUAAUGCAUUCUGAAAAAUAGAUCCAUCAAUAUCACACGAAAUUAAAGGGGCACCUGUAUCUCUCAAUUUAUAUGGUAAUUGAUUUAAUAAUAAUGCACUAGCAUGCAUAGAUAAUUUUUCUACUCUAGGUGCCCUUUUUGGUGUACACAUUUCUUUCAAAACUCUAGCAUAUUCAGGAAUAUGUUCAAUGGCAGUGAGUAAAGGAAGACUAAUUUGCACAUCUUGUAAAAUUUUCUUUAUUUCUUCAUUGUGUUCCUUUUUCUUUCUUUGUCUAGGCUCUAGAGCUUUAAGAAAUGGAAUGGUUGUCCUCUCUUUCGAAAUUUCCUUGGUAGAAUCUAUAAAAUCCUCUUCUACUCCUAUUUGAUUUUGUUUUGGGUUGUCCACGUCUUCUUUUUCUUCUAAUGUUUGGGGAUAAGGAUCAGGUAAGAUCUUACCACUACUUAAUGCAUUCACUGUCCUAACAUUUUCAUUUCGUGGGUUUUUUUCUAGAUUCAUGCUACUAGACUCCCCUUGCUGAAAUCCUAUUGUUGGGCGGUUCCCUGGAUUUUCUAUGGGCUGACUAGGUAACUGUCUCUCUUCUCUCUUAUUCCCAAGGGCCUCUAUAAUUUGUUUCUGGUGUUGCAUCAUUUGAUUCAUAGUUUGUUGCAUCAUUUGGCUCAUUUGCUGCAUCAUUUCCAUAGCAUCAGGUUGGAUUUGAGAGGGCUGAUUUUUCUAAAAUAUAUUUUCUUAUUUUGGACGAAAUUCAGAGUUUGAAUUGGGUCUAAGUGCUUCUGAAUUUUGAAUAUUAUUUGGGUCUCUCCAUGAAAAAUUAUUCCUCCAAUUAGGAUUAUAAGAAUUUGAAAAAGGUUUCGUAUUUCUAUUAAAAUCGUGAGCUACUUGCACUUGUUCUUACUUAGGGUGAAAUGAUUGAUCUAAAUUAUAACAUUAAAAUUCAGAAUAAUCAUUCUCACCAUACAUAGGACAUAUACUAUUUGAAUUAAAUUGAAGUUUAAGAGACUUUCUAAUAUUGUCAAUAAGUAAAUCAAGUUUUUCUAAUCUUUGAUUAAUCUGAUUAACCUCACUUCUAAGUUUAGAAUCAUCAUCAUGAUGCAAUUCAUAAAUUCCUCUCUUCUUAUCCAUGUCAUAUAAUUCGAAAGAGGCUUGAUCUCUAGAAUUUUCACUUAAAUUCUUAUAAAGACUGUAAAUCUCAUCAGGGGUUUUCUUCAUAAAAGCUCCUCCACAUAUAGAAUCAACCAUAUUUCUAUGUUGUUCUAAUAAUUCAUCAUAAAAAAUUCUAUUGAGCUGCCACUUAGGUAUAGCAUGAUGAGGACACUUUCUAAGUAAAUCUUUGAAUGUUUCCCAUGUCUCAUGUAAAGUUUCUCCUGAUCUUUGAGAAAAACUCCAUAUAUGUUUUCUCAUAUUUUGGGUUUUUUCUAAGGGAUAAAAUUUUCGAAGAAAAGCCUAUUCUAUGUCUUUCCAGCCAGUUAAUUCUCUAUCUAAUGUAGAUAGCCAAUGGCUAGCUUUGUCCCUAAGUGUAUGAGGAAAUAAUUUCAUCUUAAUAAUUUCCAGUGUAACUUGAGUGAGAUUAACUAAAUCACAGACCAUAUGAAAAUUUUCUAAGUGCUGAUGAGGUUCUUCUAAAGGCAAUCCAUGAAAAUUAGGGAGCAUUUGAAAAAUUCCUAGAUUUAUUUCGAAUUUAAUAGUGGGUGCUAAUGGGACUCUAAUAUUUGAUGCUCUUUAAAAUGAAUCAGGGAUAUAAUGAUUUUUCAUGGCCAUAGGAUUGUUCUCAGUUUGACUUGUACUUCCUUCAGGAUCCAUCAAAAUUAAUUUUUCUUUUGGAUUUUUAUUUUUGAAUGAAAUAAUGAAAGGAUUUUCUAGCCUUGGAUGCAAGGAUCUUCUACCAUGUAUAAAAAUCAAUAAAUUUGAGGGAAAAAUUUAGUAAUUGUUACCCUCCUUCAGGAUGCUCCAGUCCUUGCCUUGCUUCUUUUCGUUCCCUUUUUCUAAAAAAAAAUCGGCAAAAAGAAAAUAAAACAAGAGUUAAUUUUUUUUUGUGUACUCUAAGAGAAAAACAGAAAAAUACUAAAUAUUAUGCAAUACAUCCUCGACAACGGUGUCAAAAUUUGACGUGACUUAGUCGUUGUAUAUUAAAUCACGCAAAUUUAAAAUUUAUAAAACUAGAAAAUACAAAUUUUCGGAUAUUUAGAAGUAUUUCUGAACAAAUAUAUCAAUUAUAAUUCAAUAAAAGUUCCAAAAAUAAUGGUAAUUUACCAGGUCGAUCACAAGGAUGUAAUAUAAUAUCUGGUAAUUAUUCAGAAUUUUCCUCAGAGAACACUAUUUUAUAUGAAUUUUAUACUAAGAAAUGAAAAGGAAAUAUAUUUAAAAUUCACGAAAAAAAAGAAAAUAAGGGUGCGGACGUUAGGAUGAUGUCAGCACCCGGCGAACACGAAUCGGGCGGAAAUAGAGUUCCGCCUGGCGAUUCUUACGUAAGCGAUUACAGAUGAUUUAAUUAAUCAAAUUAAGAUCUGUAAAAGCUGGAAGAAUCGUAAUAGAACAAAGUAUAUUUUGGUAAAUUAAAAUCACAAAAAUUAUCACUAAAUGAAGCAUAAAUUAAGUUGAAAGCAGAAAAAUAGAGUUCCAGCGUCGUGACGGCGAUGCGUCGGCGAUGCAUCGGAAUCCUAAGCGUUCGGGAGGAUCGUCGUGUAGUGUCCACGACCUCGAAGGCUCUCCUUGGACAAAGACGACGUGGGCAAUCUCUAGAUCUCCUUUCGAAGUCUAGAGAUCAAUGGAAUGGGUCGUUGACUCGUCUCCGGCGGCUGUCACCCGGCGGAGCAGAAAAACGGCGACUUUGCAGCUCUCCGGCGGCUGUCACCUGA